GCUGCCUGGUGCUGCUGAUGCCUUUGCAUGUCGGGAUCACGAUCUACCGACUUGCCACGAACAUGCACUUCAGGGACGGUGCUGUGGACAAGGAGCUCUGCAACGAAAUCGAAAUCAAACGAAAGGAAGUUGAAGAGUUCGUGACAUAUCACGAAGAACAUCCGCAUGAAUACGAACUUUUGGCUGUGGAGGAUCCAGCGUCCGACGAGGUCUGCGAGAGGACGGCAGCUUGA